UUGGUCAGUCAGACGGCAGAACUUCCGGUCGGCAUUUUGUUCUACGAGAGGAGAGCCUCUUGAUGAUCGCAACAAUCGUCAUAUUUCUCGUUUACUGUCGAAAUUGGCUGCACUCGGUGUUUACGUCGGCGCAGACCGACUGAAACUCCGAAGAACGAAUGUUUCCCCGCGAACGUACGUUGGAACAUUCACCCGCGAGUGACGGAAGAAGAGCGAAUCAGUCCGACCCGGAUUAUUGUUGAUAGCUAGCAGGCUAGCUGAGCGGCUAGCUGGCAAGCCAGUCGAGUUCCUUCUGGAGGAGCUGCGAGAGAGAAGAAAGGGGGAGCUAGAGAUACGGACACAAACCCAGCUAAAACAUUCCCCUCCCUUUGAACGCAACAUCCGAAGAUUGAAGGAGUAGGAUUUUUUAUCUGAAAUGUCAGUGAGUCCACCCGAGACUGCACAGAAUUCUUCAAAAAGGUGUCAGGAGAUGUGAGGACGGGUGUCGUCCAUCGACCCCCUGAUCUACCUGUGUAUCAACACACUCCCCCACCCUCACCUUCAGCAUGAAUGGGGAUAUGCCUCAUGUUCCCAUCACCACUCUCGCUGGGAUCGCUAGCUUAACAGACUUGUUGAACCAGCUACCCCUCCCUUCCCCUCUCCCGGCCACCACCACUAAGAGCCUCCUAUACAAUGGGAGGAUCGCGGAGGAAGUUACCUGCCUGCUGGGCUGUCGGGAUGAGAAUCUGGCCUCCCAGCUAGCCCAUGGCCUCAACCAGGUGUCCACAGAGUACAUAGAGCUGAAGGACAACCUGGGUAGCGAUGAGCCAGAGGGAGAUGCACCACUGUUGCUGCAGACCAUGCUGGCCAGGAACCCUGGCAUCUUCAGGGAGAAAAAUGUGAUGCAGCAGCCAAUGGUACCACCGUUCAAGAUCACCCAGAAUCCCAUGCAUAGCCCUGCCCAGUCUACAAACUUCCAGCCGGCUGCAAUUUCUCCCAGUCCGUCAAGUCGGUUUGUUUCACCUUCGAGUGGGUCCAGUAGCCGGUACAUGGGCCAGCAGAACAGUCCAGUACCCAGCCCCUACACUCCUCAAAGCCCCGCCCCUGGUUACAUACAGCAGUAUCCCCACCAACAACCACCCAGCUAUAACCAACACCAACAGAUACAACAAGUGUCUGUAGCCAGUCCCAUGGUUCCUGGUGGCAUACGAAAUAUCCACGAGGGCAAAGUAUCGGGGCAGAUGGCCAAUGCUGCCAACCACCACUCAGACAGACAUGGCACUGAGGACUACCUUAACAUUGUACACCGACUGGGCAGCGAGGAGGGUGACUCUGCCAUGAGGAAUACUUUCCCUCUGAGGUCUCCACAGUCCGGCUGCUCCCCAGCAGGGAGUGAAGGAACGCCCAAAUCGGGUUCUCGCCCCCCACUGAUUCUGCAGUCACCACCUCCCUAUGCACCCUCACCGAGGGAGGGAGGCCCUGACCAGAAACAGCAGCUCCAGCAAAGGAAGAAACCCCCAGCGGUGAAAGAGGAGAAGGACAUGUACGAUAUUGUCAGCUCGCCAAACAAGGACUCGACAAAACUCACCCUCAAACUGUCCCGGGUCAAGUCAAAUGAGUCAGAUCCAGGUGACAUGCCAGGUAUGGACCAGAACUCAGACAACAUGGAGGCAGACCUGGGCUUUCAGCAGGUUCCUGUUCUUCAGCAAAACCUAGCAGCCCGGCUGCAACAGAUCUCCCAGCACGGUGGUGCCAGUGGUCUCCAGCCUCCCAGUUCCCCUUACGACGAGGCGGAACUGGAUGCCCUCGCUGAAAUUGAAAGGAUAGAAAGAGAAACGGCUAGUGAGAAGUGCUCCAAGGAAGUGCAGGAUAAAGACAAGCCUCUGAAGAAGAGAAAACAGGACUCCUUUCCGCUGGAGCCAGGCGCAGGCGGACCAGGUGGACCCACAGGUGCCCCAGGAAGUGGAUCAACAGGCGGAGGAAAUGCUGGCAAACUGACCCCCCAAGAGGCCACUGCAGCUGGGAACGGUGCCAGCCGUCCUCCCCUCAUGGUGAGCAUCGACCUACAGCAGGCAGGCCGAGCUGAUGGCCAGCUUGACCCCUGUUUGGCUGCCCCUAUUCCAGCUCUUGAGGCCCAACGCUGGCCGGAAGAACCAGCUAGUGGGCCGGCUGCUGUGGAGGGUUCUGACACAGCUUUACGGUUGAAACCAGACGGGCGGCCGGAAGUCAUCAAGAACAGGGUUGAUAAACAUGACGGCAGGAGAGAAGGUCGGGAUUCAUCAAAGCACCGACACGAUGAGAAAUCCUCUGACAGGCGAGGAGAGAUGCCAAAGUCAUCAAACCGUGGGGAACACGGACGAGACAGGGACCGAGAAUCUGACAGAGAUAGGAGGCAUCGGAGCGAGACUGGUGGUCGAGACCGACGCUCUCCCGACUCUCGCUGCCGCAGUGACAGAGAUAGGUCGGGCUUCCGGGCUUCUUCCACUGGAGAGCCUGGUCGGAGCAGCAAUAGGCAAGAUGGUUCCAAACCAGCCUCGUCUGCUUCUGGUGUUAAACUUCCAGAUUCCUUCCCUGCUCAGCUCCUGGGAGGGCAUAGUGGCGCGCUGAAGAACUUCCAGAUCCCUAAGAUCAAACGGGAUAAGGAUAGCAGUGGGUCAACUGAAGGUCAAAUGUGGGGCCAGCCCAAGGUUAAACUGGAGCGGCUUGGUUUGGUGAAGGACUUUGAGAAGAGGCCAAAACCUGUUGUGGUUCUAAAGAAGCUCUCCAUCGACCAGAUUCAGAGGAUCAUCCGGCACAGCAAGUCUGGAAAGAACAGGAUCUCAUCAGGAAAGUCUGUUAAAAGUGGUAUGGACCCGGCAGUUCUGAAGGAGCUGCCUCCAGAGCUGCUGGCAGAGAUCGAGUCAACCAUGCCCCUGUGUGAAAGAGUAAAGAUGAACAAGAGGAAACGAAGCACUGUAAAUGAGAAGCCCAAAUAUGCUGAGGUCAGCUCGGACGACGACUUUGACGCAAACGGAGAGUCUGCAAGGAAGCGGCAGCGCAGAGAAAAAGACCGGUCCUGGGAGUUUGAAGAGAGGGAGCGCCGGGGCUCAGGGGAACAUCGGAAAAGCGGGCAAAGAGAAGGUCGGCGAGGCUCAGGCAGUCGCUACCGAGACUCCGAAGAGGAAGAAUCGCCGCCUCCCAGCGUUAGUGAACUUGCCAGAAAAAUUAAGAUGAAGGAGAAGCAGAAGAAACGGAAAGCGUAUGAACCCAAGCUGACCCAAGAAGAGUUGAUGGACUCGUCCACUUUCAAGAGGUUCUUAACAAGUAUUGACAACAUCCUGGAGAAUCUGGAGGAUGUGGAUUUCACUGCCAUGGCAGCAGAUGAUGACGAGAUACCGCAGGAGCUGCUGCUCGGUAAACACCAGUUGAAUGAGCUGGGCAGCGAGUCUGCCAAGAUUAAGGCCAUGGGCAUCUCCGGCAGGAUCCCAUCAGACAAGCUGGUGAAGCUAUUAAACAUACUGGAGAAGAAUAUCCAGGAUGGGUCCAGGCUCACCACCCUGAUGAACCAUGACCAUGAUGCUGAGGAUGAGGAGAAACUUUGGAGAGACCUGAUAAUGGAGCGAGUCACAAAGUCAGCAGACGCCUGUCUGACAGCUCUUCACAUCAUGACCUCAUCACACAUGCCGAAGGCUGUCUACAUAGAGGACGUCAUCGAGCGGGUGUUGCAAUACACCAAGUUCCAUCUUCAGAACACACUGUAUCCACAGUAUGACCCAGUCUACAGGGUGGACCCACAUGGAGGUGGCUUGUUGAGCUCCAAGGCAAAGCGUGCGAAAUGCUCCACACAUAAGCAACGAGUGAUCGUCAUGUUGUACAACAAAGUGUGCGACAUCGUCAGCAACAUUUCUGAGCUCCUAGAGAUCCAACUGCUUACUGACACCACCAUCCUCCAGGUUUCUUCUAUGGGAAUCACUCCUUUCUUUGUGGAGAAUGUCAGCGAGCUGCAGCUGUGUGCCAUUAAACUAGUUACAGCAGUGUUCUCGCGUUAUGAGAAGCAUCGGCAGCUGAUUUUGGAGGAGAUCUUCACCUCUUUAGCCAGACUGCCCACCAGCAAACGCUCCCUCAGGAAUUUCAGGCUGAACAGCUCAGACCAAGAUGGCGAGCCGAUGUACAUCCAAAUGGUGACGGCCCUGGUGCUGCAGCUGAUCCAGUGUGUGGUUCACCUCCCCACCGACAAGGACGCUUUCGAAGAGUAUGACACCAAGGUGGAUCAAGACCUGUUAAUAACCAACUCGUAUGAGACGGCAAUGAGAACAGCACAAAACUUCCUCUCAGUCUUCCUCAAAAAGUGUGGCAGCAAGCAGGGAGAAGAAGAUUACCGGCCGUUGUUUGAGAACUUUGUCCAGGAUCUGCUCUCAACAGUGAACAGGCCAGAGUGGCCUGCUGCAGAGCUGCUUCUCAGUCUGCUUGGUAGACUACUGGUCCACCAGUUCAGUAAUAAACAGACAGAAAUGGCUCUGAGAGUAGCUUCUCUGGACUACCUGGGCACAGUGGCCGCCCGUCUGAGGAAGGACGCAGUCACCAGCAAGAUGGACCAGAGAUCAAUUGAUCGGAUUCUACAACAGUGUCAAGGUAACGAUGAGACCCAGCAGCUGCAGAAAGCCCUACUGGACUACUUGGAACAGAAUGCUGAGACAGAUGCUUCACUGGUGUUUGCUCGAAAGUUCUACAUUGCCCAGUGGUUCCGUGACGCCACCACAGAGGCUGAGAAGUCCAUGAGGAACCCGCAUCCCAAGGAUGAGGACUCAUCGGAUGGACCACAACACGCCAAGGAGCUGGAGAGCACCGGUGAAAUUAUGCAGCGUGCUGAGAAGCGCAAAAAGUUCCUGCGCAACAUCAUCAAGACCAUGCCUUCUCAUUUCACAACACUGAAGAUGAACUCUGACACUGUGGACUAUGAUGACUCUUGCCUGAUCGUGCGUUAUUUGGCCUCCAUGAGGCCGUUCGCCCAGAGCUUUGAUAUUUAUUUAACACAGAUCUUGCGAGUCCUUGGGGAAAGUGCCAUUGCUGUGAGGACUAAAGCCAUGAAAUGUCUGUCUGAGGUCGUGGCUGUGGACCCCAGCAUACUGGCAAGGUCUGACAUGCAGCGUGGGGUCCAUGGUCGUUUGAUGGACAACUCCACCAGUGUGAGAGAGGCAGCUGUGGAGCUGCUCGGCAAAUUCGUCCUCAGCAGACCCCAACUCACUGAACAGUACUAUGACAUGCUCAUAGAGAGGAUACUGGACACUGGUAUCAGCGUAAGAAAACGGGUGAUAAAGAUCCUCAGAGACAUCUGUCUGGAGCAGCCAACUUUCAGUAAGAUUACUGAGAUGUGUAUCAAAAUUAUUGCAGAUCUCAACUUGUGACACACAAUCUUUUAUUAUUCAUAGAAAUUGGUGAAUGAGACAUUCCAGAAGUUGUGGUUCACUCCGACUCCAGCCCACGACAAAGAGACCAUGACCAGAAAGAUCCUGAACAUCACCGAUGUGGUCUCAGCGUGUCGAGACACCGGCUACGACUGGUUCGAGCAACUUCUUCAGAAUCUUCUCAAGUCUGAAGAGGACGCAUCAUACAAACCAGCCAAAAAGGCCUGUGUUCAGCUAGUUGACAAUCUGGUAGAACACAUCCUCAAAUACGAGGAGUCUCUUUCAGACAACAAGGGUGUAAACUCAACACGGCUGGUGGCGUGUAUCACCACCUUGUACUUGUUCAGCAAGAUCAGGGCCCAGCUUAUGGUCAAACAUGCCAUGACCAUGCAACCCUACCUGACCACAAAGUGUAACACUGCCAAUGACUUUAUGGUCAUCUGUAACGUGGCAAAGAUCUUGGAGCUUGUGGUACUGAUGGAGCACCCCAGUGAAACUUUCCUUGCCACCAUCGAAGAAGACCUCAUGAAGCUCAUCAUCAAAUAUGGCAUGACUGUGGUCCAGCACUGUGUGAGCUGUCUUGGAGCUGUUGUUAACAAAGUGACACACAACUACAAGUUUGUCUGGGCUUGCUUCAACAGAUUUUAUGGUGCACUUAACAAGCUUAAGGUUCAGCAUCAUGAGGAUUCUAACAGUGCAACAUUAGUAGCAAACAAGCCUUUCCUGCUGCGAUCACUCUUCACUGUGGGUGCCCUGGGCCGACACUUUGACUUUGAUCUGGAGGAGUUCAAGGGCACCAACAAGGUUGUUAUUAAGGAGAAAGUUCUCGAGCUGCUGCUAUACUUCACCAAACAUGAGGACGAGGAGGUCCAGACCAAAGCCAUCAUCGGCUUAGGCUUCCUUGUGAUCAUGCAUCCCAGCCAGAUGUUUGUGCCUGAGGUGAAGACAUUGUACAAUGGCAUCCUGGCUGACAGAGCUUCCUCCAUCAACCUCAAAAUCCAGAUCCUCAAAAACCUCCAGACAUACCUUCAGAGGAGGACUUACAGAAGGCCAGCACACCGAACCUUUCUCAUCUCACUGCUGAACCUCUAUGACGACAGUUCUAAAACAGAAGUGAACAUGCUGCUGUUUGUAGCAGACAACCUCGCCUGUUUCCCAUACCAGAGCCAGGAGGAGCCUCUCUUCAUCAUGCACCACAUAGACAUCACCCUGUCUGUGUCUGGCAGCAACUUGCUGCAAACCUUCAAAGAGCUUUUGUUAAAGGAGCCGAAGCGUAAGAAAAAGGUAAAGAAGGAAUGCAAGAACACGACAGAUGGGGAGGAUGGCGAGGAAAAGAUGAACUGUGACUCUCCAAGGAGCGACGACAGAGAAAACGGCAACAGCAAUGAUGACGAUAAUGAUGGCGAAGAUGUGGUACGGCGGCCUAAAAAGCCCAGAAAACCUGUUGCACCAGUGGCCUCGGAGUCCGAGUCUGAUCUGGAGGAUCUGGAUGUGGAUGAUGCGGAAAAAGUAAUGAGGCUCCUCCCAGAUAACCCUGGCAGUCUCUUGGACUUUGCAAACGCCGUUCAGGGCAUCCUGUUGUUGCUGGUGCUCAAACAGCAUCUGAAGAACCAGUAUGGAUUCUCUGACAGUAAAAUUCAGAAGUACUCACCAACUGAGUCAGCCAAGGUGUACGACAAGGCAGUCAACAGGAAAAACAACGUUCACUUCCAUCCUCGCCAAACCAUUGACUUCAUCUCCAACAACAUGGCUCACGCCUCACUGACAGAAGAUGUCAAGAAGCGGAUAGUCAAACAGUACCUAGACUUCAAGUGUCUGAUGGAACAUCUGGACCCAGACGAGGAGGAUGAGGAGGGAGAAGCGUCUGCCAGCGCCAACAUCAGAAACAAAGCCAUAAACGCCCUACUGGGAGGCUCCGGCCCCAUGUCAGGACCCAGUCCGCGCAAUCAGGCAGGACCAGAGACAGAUGAUGAUUAUAGUGAUGGUGACGAAAGGACCCCAGGGUCCUCUCGAAAGUCAAGGCGAGCGGUUGACCCCUCGGACCCCGGCCGCAUGAACGAGACAGUGGAUGCAAUGGAUGUGAUUGCCCUUUGCUGCCCCAAAUACAAGGACCGGCCACAGAUAGCUCGAGUCGUCAACAAGACCUCCAGUGGUUACAGCAUCCACUGGAUGGCAGGCUCCUACUCGGGGCCCUGGGCAGAGGCCAAGAAACGCGAUGGCCGCAAACUGGUGCCUUGGGUGGACACUAUUAAGGAGUCGGACAUCAUUUACAAGAAAAUUGCCUUGACCAGCAACCACAAACUGAGCAACAAAGUAGUACAGACUUUACGCUCACUGUAUGCAGCGCGGGAAGGAGGGGCCAGCUAAUGGCUCCCGUGUGGUGUUUUUUGUUUUGUUUUUUUACCCCUCUGCUCAAUUUCUACUUUAUCAAAAUCAUCCUUUUUCCCUGCUCCUGCUCCUCCUCCACAACCUGCCACCUCCAACGACACAGCCAAACUUCACUGGAUUCCUACCCUCCUCCUCUCCUUCCUCAUUUUUGUAAGAAAACACAAGAGGGCAAGAAUAUUUGACACUACAUACUUUUACAUGAGUUAUUCUUGCAAAAAUGACACAAAACAUAAGACUUAUUAUAUUAGAGGGACUGCUCAUGUUUUGUUUGUGUAUAAGUUCAGAGGAUAGAAUCCAGAAGGCAUUAAAGGAAUAAUUCACCCAAAUUAUCCCUUAAAAAGGCUAUCAGAAAAGAGACCUGGAGGGAAAUGUUUUGUCAACAUUGUUGUGGGAGCUCCUUCGCUGUUGUGCAGCAGAUUCUAGUCGCUCAUUUCUACUCCCACUGUAUCAUAGUUUAACACAACAAAAAACUAAAAUGUUUAUAUCUCUGAAGACAAAAAAGCUGUAAAAAAAGAAUAAAACCUUAAGUGAAUGUUG